GUUUUGCUUUUGGGCAACAUGGGCAUUUGGGGGCUAAAUUUUUGUUUCAAGAAACCGGAGGUACAGUACAAUGCAACUCUAUCCCUGCUGCUCCAGUGCAUCAUAUCCAUGCUGUUUUCUGCCCUACCGGUUACCAUCCACUCGGGACGCGCCGGUGUGCUUCCAACUGGCCUCGACCUCAUUUAAUGAAUCUCCUUCACAUGAGGAACCCUUGCUUGCUUGUCCACCUAUGAUAUGACGUUUUUUUUUGUUCUCCAGCUAGAAACCUUCCCACAUGCAAAUAUUCCGCGCCUUCCUUGUCCUUCGGAACCACCGAGACUGAGCUGUGCUGUGCUGCCUAUGCACUGCGGCUCUCAGCUAACUCGGAAAAAAAUGGCAAAUGUAACGGUUUUCGAACUCCACUGGAGGCACACCGGUGCAAGGCAGCAAAAGGGUGACUUGAUCGGCCAAAGCCGAUGGAGUCCUUGCUGGUUUUGCUGACCUAUAGUACUCGUUGGUUGGUCAAGGGAAAACUCAUAGUGACUUUCCAUAUACAAAAUAGGAAGUGUAUGGUGGCAUCCUGGUGUGGAUUGUCAUCAGAUCACUCACACAGCCUGCGGCAGAAUCGUGGCUGAGAAGAGCAAGAAUGCCUUUUUUAACCGAGGUGCUCAAGGGACCGUGACUACCUUGAGUGCCUUGUUUCUUUUUUGGAUGGAUUGGAUACCUCGAUGCUGCCCUGAAUUUUACUAAACUCUGACGCCUCCUUGCCUCCGACGGUUUCUUUUUCUUUUGGCCAAUUCCUCCAUGUGAGCAUAUAUAUAUCUUGCUGGUCAGGUGUAGUCACUCAGCACAUCUCAAUUUCCUCCCUUGCAUGCAUUGAUCUUUUAAAAACAUAUCUCUGGAAGCAUUUACAAGAUGGCGUCCAGCAGCAGCAGCGGCAGCAGCACCAGAAGCAGCAGCCCGUCUGACCCUCCUUCCUCAUUCUUCCAAAAGCUCGGGGCAUUUCUUGGCUUGUUCAGCAAGCCCCAACCCCCGCGGCCUGACUAUCCUCAUGCACCUGGCAACAGCGCCCGGGAAGAGCAGACAGACAUCACCGAGGAUAUUCAGAAGCUUGGCUUCAAGGAUGUGGAAACGCUUCUUCUCUACCUCAAUUCUUCAGUGAAGGGCGUCAACGAUGACAAGCAGUUGCUCCUGGAGCGAUUAAUCCAGCUGCUGUCUAAGCUACCUCCAACCUCCACCAACGGCAAGAAGGUCACAGACGGGCUCAUCACGGGACUGUGGGAAAGUCUGGAUCAUCCACCCGUGUCGAGCCUCGGAGAGAAAUACCGAUUCCGCGAGGCCGAUGGCUCAAACAACAAUAUCCAUAACCCAACUCUGGGAGUUGCAGGUAGCCACUAUGCUAGGUCUGCCAAGCCCAUGGUCUACCAAAACCCCAACCCACCGGCGCCCGAAACCAUCUUCGAUACGUUGAUGGCGAGAGAUCCGGCCAAGUUCAGGCCACAUCCGAACCAGAUCUCCAGCGUUCUCUUUUACUUUGCCACAAUCAUUACCCAUGACAUUUUCCAGACUUCAUCGAGAGAUCCUUCCAUAAACUUGACCUCAUCUUACCUUGAUCUCUCUCCACUCUAUGGUCGGAAUCUCGAGGAGCAACUGUCGGUGAGGGCAAUGAAGGACGGACUGCUAAAGCCCGACACCUUUUGUUCCAAGCGAGUUCACGGGUUUCCUCCCGGCGUUGGAGUCCUUUUGAUCAUGUUCAAUCGGUUCCACAACUACGUUGUUACUUCACUCGCCAAGAUCAACGAAGGCAACCGUUUCAAGAAGCCCGUGGGAGACGACACUGCCGCAUGGGAAAAGUACGACAACGACUUGUUCCAGACCGGGCGGCUCAUCACCUGCGGUCUGUACGUCAACAUCGUUCUGGUUGACUACGUCCGCACGAUUCUCAACCUGAACCGGGUAGACAGCAGCUGGAUCCUCGACCCGCGCACCGAGGAGGGUAAGAGUCUGCUGAGCAAACCAACCCCCGAGGCGGUAGGAAACCAGGUCUCGGUAGAGUUCAACCUCAUCUACCGCUGGCACUGCGGCAUGUCACAGCGUGACGACAAGUGGACCACUGAUAUGUUGACCGAGGCGCUCGGCGGCAAGGACCCGGCCACAGCUACACUGCCAGAAUUCUUUGGCGCGCUCGGCAGGUUCGAGUCUUCGUUUCCAAACGAGCCGGAGAAGCGCACCCUGGCUGGUCUGAAGCGACAGGAGGACGGUUCUUUUGAGGACGAGGGCCUGAUCAAGAUCAUGCAAGAGUCGAUCGAGGAGGUUGCCGGCGCCUUUGGACCAAACCAUGUCCCGGCCUGCAUGCGUGCCAUUGAGAUUCUCGGCAUGAACCAGGCCCGCUCUUGGAACGUCGCCACGCUGAACGAGUUCCGCGAGUUUAUCGGACUAAAGCGCUACGACACAUUUGAAGAUAUCAACCCGGACCCCAAGGUUGCCAACCUGCUGGCCGAGUUCUACGGUUCUCCCGACGCCGUCGAGCUAUACCCUGGUAUCAAUGCUGAAGCGCCAAAGCCUGUGAUCGUCCCUGGGAGUGGCUUGUGUCCACCAUCGACGACGGGAAGGGCAAUCCUGUCCGACGCCGUGACUCUGGUCCGCGGCGACCGCUUCUUCACAGUUGACUACACCCCCAGGAACCUCACCAACUUUGGCUACCAAGAGGCCGCCACCGAUAAGAGCGUCGACAAUGGCAACGUCAUUUACAAGCUUUUCUUCCGCGCUUUCCCUAACCACUACGCCCAGAACAGCAUCUACGCCCACUUCCCCUUUGUGAUACCCUCGGAGAACAAGAAGAUUAUGGAGAGUCUGGGUCUAGCCGACAAGUACUCGUGGCAGCCGCCGCAGCGCAAGCCAGCGACGCAGAUGAUCCGCUCGCACGCGGCCGCCGUCAAGAUACUCAACAACCAAAAGGACUUCAAAGUCGUCUGGGGCGAGAGCAUAGGGUUCCUGACCAAGUUCCCGACCGGAGAGAACCCGGGUUUGGGUUUUGCGCUUGCCGGCGACGCACCUGCCAACCAGCAGAGCAGGGACCAGUUGAUGAAGUGCAUCUUCUCGCCCAAGGCGUGGGAGGACGAGGUGAGGCAGUUCUGCGAGGCUACGACGUGGGAUCUGCUGCGGCGCUACUCGGCCAAGGUGCAGGACAAGGGACCGCAUCUAAAGGUGCACACGCACGAGAUUGAUGUGAUUCGCGACGUCAUCAGUCUUGCCAACGCACGUUUCUUUGCCGCUGUGUACUCGCUUCCUCUCAAGACGGAGAAUGGAGACGAUGGCGUCUACAGCGACCACGAAAUGUACCGCUCGUUGAUGCUGAUCUUCUCGGCCAUCUUUUGGGACAACGACGUGAGCAAGUCGUUCAAGCUCCGCCGAGACGCCCGUGCCGCGACGCAGAAGCUUGGUGCUCUUGUUGAGAAGCACAUUGUGGAGAUGGGCUCGCUGUUCCACAGUUUCAAGCACUCUCAUUCAGCUGUCAGUGACAAGACGAACGGGCUUGCUAAUGGAGGUGCAAACGGACAUGCGAACGGGAAUGCGAAUGGUCACACCAACGGCAACGGUAUACAUCAGAACGGUGGUGCAGCGCCGUCGAUGCUGAGGAGCUACGGCGACCUCAUGCUGCGCAGAAUGAUCGAAGCGUAUGGAGAGGGGAAAUCGGUCAAAGAGGCCGUCUAUGGUCAGAUCAUGCCCUCCAUCGCUGCCGGUACUGCCAACCAAACACAGAUCAUGGCGCAGUGUCUGGACUAUUACAUGUCUGACGACGGCGCUGAGCACCUCCCUGAGAUGAAGCGUCUCGCGAGUCUGGAAACUCCUGAAGCCUUCAACACGUUGAUGAAGUAUCUCUUUGAAGGCGCACGCAUCCGCAACACAACCGCCGUCCCCCGACUUGUAGCUACGGACCAAACAGUCGAGGACAACAUCCCCUGCUUGCCAGACCCCAAGGACUCGACGUUCCUCCGCCCCAUCCCGAACCCCCAGCAGGCAGAGACCACCAGGACCGUCAAGCUGUCCAGGGGCUCGAUGGUGCUGGUGGACCUGACGGUGGCCGCGCACGAUGCGACCGCAUUCCCGGAUCCUGAAAAGGUCAGGCUCGACCGCGACCUGGACUCGUACACCUUUUUCGGCCUGGGCCCGCACAGGUGCGCCGGCGAUAAGGUCGUGCGCAUCACCAUGACCGCCGUCUUCAAGGUGCUGCUGCAGCUGGAUGGGCUGCGGAGGGCCGAGGGGGGCCGGGGCGUGUUCAAGUCGCUGCCCGCGAGCCAGUGGAACGGCCAGGCCGGCAGGGUGGCGGGGGAGAAGCCGCAGUGGUCGGGGCUCAGGACCUAUGUCAACGCCGACGAGAGCGCCUUUUCGCAGACGCCCAUGAACAUGAAGAUAAGGUGGGAUGAUUAAGAGGUGCUUUUCUGUUGAUGUUGACUACCUCUGAACUUUUUGAUGUUCCCUUGUAUAUUUCUGUCUCGAUUAGUUUGUUCCUG